CUCGUUUGGUGUUUCUCCAGAAGUUUCCCCCUUGGGCGGCGGCGGAGCUGGGAGCCGCGGUGGCAGUGUCUCAGGCUGCUGCAACAGUAAUUUAGGGAUGGCGGCUGCUGCAGCAGGACCUGCAACAGCCCAGCGGUUUUCCCAGAGCUUCUCAGAUGGUCUGAUCGACGAGGACCCCCAGGCGGCGUUAGAGGAGCUGACUAAGGCUUUGGAACAGAAACCAGAUGAUGCACAGUAUUAUUGUCAGAGAGCUUACUGUCACAUUCUCCUUGGAAAUUACUGUGAUGGUGUUUCUGAUGCAAAAACUUCUCUAAAACUCAACCCCAGUAAUACCACUGCUAUGCUGAGGAAGGGGAUGUGUGAAUACUAUGAAAAAAACUAUGCUGCUGCUCUAGAAACUUUUACAGAAGGACAAAAAUUAGAUAUUUUUUUCUUUGCAGGUGCAGAUGCUAAUUUUAUUGUCUGGAUUAAAAGAUGUCAAGAAGCACACAAUGGAUCAGAAUCUGAGGUGAGGACUCGGUCAAAAAUCAAGUAUGACUGGUAUCAAACAGAAUCUCAAGUAAUUGUAACACUUAUGAUUAAGAAUGUUCAGAAGAAUGAUGUAAAUGUGGAAUUUUCAGAAAAAGAGCUGUCUGCUUGGGUGAAACUUCCUUCUGGAGAGGAUUACAAUUUGAAACUGAGAUUGCUUCAUCCUAUAAUACCAGAACAGAGCACAUUUAAAGUACUUUCAACAAAGAUUGAAAUUAAAAUGAAAAAGACAGAGGCUGUGAGAUGGGAAAAGCUAGAGGGGCAAGGAGAUAUGCCUACAUCCAAACAGUUCAUAGCAGAUGUAAAGAACCUAUAUCCAUCAUCAUCUCAUUAUACAAGAAACUGGGAUAAAUUGGUUGGUGAGAUCAAAGAAGAAGAAAAGAAUGAGAAGUUGGAGGGAGAUGCAGCUUUAAACAAGUUGUUUCAGCAGAUCUAUUCAGAUGGCUCUGAUGAAGUCAAACGUGCCAUGAACAAAUCAUUCAUGGAAUCUGGUGGUACAGUUUUGAGUACCAACUGGUCUGAUGUAGGUAAAAGGAAAGUUGAAAUCAAUCCUCCUGACGAUAUGGAAUGGAAAAAAUACUAAAUAAAUUAAUUUACUAUCACUGUAUUGCAUAUAUUCACCUAAUACCCUUUGUGUAUUGAUAUUACAUUCUUGAAUUUUGAACACAGUAUCUUUUUGAAAGAUGAUUGAUACCUUUUUACCUGUUUGUGCUGUAGAAAUUAUUUUCCUUCAGUUGUUUAGAGAGUCUAAUGAAGAAUGAAGAUCACAUUUUUAUCACUUCUGUCCUGAAGGAUUUCAGAUGUGCUGAAAUUGAAUGAAAUAUCAUUUGCUACUAAAUAGAUGAGUUCUAUCUAGUUUUGGGAGUGGAAAAAUCUUUAAUGGCAUAUCUUGGGUUAUUGCCUUAUUUUUGAUGCAGUAUUCUAUUAAUAAUUUAUUAGACCUGGCAGCUUGGGUUGAACAUAAAUUUUUCAACUUUAGUGUUACAUUGUGUUUGCUUUUAAAAACUGCUUUUGAGUGGAGUUGUAAAUACAAUUUUUCUAUGAA